GUGCCUGAAUUACUAGUCACCCGCGACUGGCAGUGUCUUAUUACGCUACGCUACGUAUUUGCUCCACGGACUGUCUACGAUAACCCCUGUCGAUCCUCGACCUGCGCACAAGCACCUACGAGUCAAGGCGGGAGUACACACGGACAAGAACCGCAUAUACUUCGCACAGGCCUAUCUCUUAUUCCCUGCGAUGCUCCAUAGCAGGGCAUAUCGUAUUGGAAAAGUGUACCUACCUUGAAAUUGGUCGACAUGUCUACGUCUACCGAUGAUCCUUUCGCCUUCAUCGCUGGCGAACAGAAACCGGCGCCGGCUAAGAAGCCACACUGGAGGGAGAAACUGUUCUCAAAAGAGAAACGGCCCAAGGGAUCUACAGACCAGCAGAUCGAGGCUUUCCUCGGGCCCACUCGCUCGAAGUCCGUAUCCUAUGGAGCAGACCAGAUCGCGCCUCCGCGACUGGACGCCGCUCACAGAUGGCCGUCUGCCCAAGAUGUCCUAAAUGCGCCUUCGCUUCGUGAUACUCCUCCGCCCGUGGACUUCACGAAGCCUCCCUUCAAAAGUCGCCGAAAGGGCUUGAAAGUGAAGUUUAGCAAUCGGAUGCCUGACUUGAUCGGAGAAGGGGGCGAUGAGACGGACACGCCGACUAUGGAAAUAUCUCUAUCUCGCAAGACCGCGCAAAACCAGGAUCCUACUGAGCUGGGUGGUCUCGAUGACCGCCAGCCUAAGCUUCCUCAACUUCGCCUUGACACUUCCUUUGGUGAUAAAAACGGACCCACGCCUCAACAGAGAGAUCCACAGAAGGGAAUGAAUGCAGAAGACUGGAAGCCAUUGUUGCUACAGAACCCCCAGGAUGCUGAUUUCCUCAUGACACUGAAUUUGGGAGACAAAGGCUCCCGCUUGUCAUUUCGUGCAUCGCCUGAGUCCCAUUCAUUUGCCCAACGCAUCCGGGACAAAAUGCAAGCCGAGGAGGGGCGUGCUUUACAGCAUCGAUUGCCGGAGCCUCCCUCACCCGCCGAAGAAGCAGAGGUCCGAAGUCCAGCGGUAGCUGUUCCUGACAGUCCCAGUUCCACGUAUGAGACGCCUCCUCUUUCUGAGACGGAGCCAAGCCCACCAGAGGAUCCUUUUCGAGAACCCCCGGUUCCUCCUCACGUUGAUCGCAGUCCAAUUGAUCGCAGCCCUGAGACCCCGGUCCAUCCUUCCAUACUUUCCCCUGGCGGAAGUACCCAGAUCCUUUCCCCUCAGACACGCCACCCUAUUCCCAAGAUCGCCGAGCCCGAUGGCCCUGCCCGUCCAUCUAGUAGGGACAAUCGCGACACUUCCCGGAGCCCUCAACCCCCUAAAAUUUCGUUGCGGUCUAUUGCUAAUCAACUGGGUAACACUGCUUUCGCGGACUUGAAAGCGUAUAUGACGCAAUUUAGAGGCCCCAUUCAAUCCUCGGCGGAAGAUGCGAAGCCUAUAACGGAGAUCUCUCUCUCCGAAUGGAUGAGAGCUGCGGCAUGGUGGUUUCUGCGGGGGAAGAAACAGCUGGAAGCUUAUGCACGGUCUCGUCCUUCGAGCUCCGGAGCACGAUCACCCCAGCAGAGCUCCACCGACAGUGCGAAACAAGCCAUCAUCGAUCUUGCGAAAACCAUGUGGAUCAAUGAGAACAUUGUCCCCCAGCACGAGGAGGUGACACGCUAUGGUGCAAUGGGUAUUGAUGCUUUGAUUGCCGUAGCCAGCACGACCGGGAAUGUACAGUUGGCUGACCUCCUUGGCCUGCAUCAGGCGAUCAUGAAUCAUUUACGUUCAUUAGCCAUGUCUAUCAAGAGGAACAAUAUCCUAGUGGCAAUUUCUUCCCAGGGGGAUUCCGCAAUCCCAAUUGACACCAGUGUCUGGGUGCGCUAUCCAUCUUUUGCUGCGGACGUUUCCGCGGUCCUUUCUGGUGCAGCCACAAGGGCAUCACUAAUCGACAUGCUGGGCAAGGGACCUUCCUUCGUGCAAAUGAUGCCUCUUGGCGAUAGCAAUCGCUAUUUCAGUUAUGGGAGCAUGUUUGUCCAUGUUUAUGUCAGCUCUAGUGAAGAUGAGAUUGAGCAAUUGACGAUGCCUUGCGUAUUGUCCAUAAUCCGUGAUCGUGCCGACUGGUAUGUGUUUGCGGCCAUCACCAGCCAGAAUGAACUGGUCAAUGUCAUGAUCCAGUCGGACAGGAAAAAGGGCCCAACCUGGGAUAGUGUGGAUUGGCAAGUCCGAUCGCACUCGAUCCGGGUCAAGCUGCCCCGCGGUUUCGACUUGGAUGUCGUGUUCCAGGAGGAUGAUUUCAAAAACAUUUGGAACAUUGUUCAAUACACCCGGAAGACCGAAGCUGGCCUUCAGCGUGAGUCGGGUGAAACGGUUGUUUUCGAGAACACUCUUAAGUCGUUCCAGUACAUUGACCCGGGCACGACCAAAUCCUUCCCACCCGACCCUGUUGAACGGUGUCGGCUACGGCUAUUUGAGAAGACCGUGACCAUGACUGAGGGAACUGGCAAUAGAAGCAUGCAUCAAGGCUUCCGCUUAGCGGUGCUCACGAGCCCCAAAGUCAAGACUCUCAGCAGUGUGCGUCAUAUUCUGGGGUCCAGCACACCGAUUGUUUUCGGCCUGCUCCGAGGUGAGGAUGGGGCACCGGCCCUGCUACUCAAGGUCAAGGAAGACGGGAGAACCCGGUCUAUGCUCAUGUCAUUCUACGAGUUAAAAGAUCGAACCACCAUGCAUUCUUUACUUCUCGGAAUCCUGCCCCAGGACCGAGAAGUGAAAUCGCCCGAAAUUCCCAUUCGUGCUUACACCAUUGAACAACCGGCGGAUCGCAACACUGGGCAGCUCGCCAAGGAACAUCUCCAAUUCCCUGCUGGUACCGUCUCGGUCAUUGAUCGGGCGCAUUCGCACGUCGAUCAUGGGUACGGUCCAACGGUGUUAUCAGAAAAUCUGCGGGCUUUCAUCGCAACCGAAUGGGGUUCUGUAACGGACCGGAUCAAUCUCGCACCUGGGGAAUUGCGACUGGGCCUCGACAUCAAUAACCGGACGGGACUCAGUCUGUACCGACCUGGACAGAAAGACCUGACUGUUUCUGUCGCCGAGAAUCUAAUUUUGCCGGAGAUGCCCGAUAAAUUGUCAAAUUUCUUACAAAUCGCCAUGACGAAACCUAUGAUCCGACGAUUUGACUUUAUGUCGGUACAAGACCUUCAUACGUUUCAACAAGCUGUGACGGGGUACAAGGUACUGUUUGACAGUGUUGCUUCGUCCUUUGCCAUCUCACGACGUCGGAUGGUGGUCCCAAUCACCAAGAAAUGGGAGUCCAGUCUGGCUCGGAUCCAGGUCGUCCGACGAGAGCGGAUUGUGCAGCUGGUGGUCUUCUUGAGUGACUUCCAUCACGGCAAGUGCAUGAAUUUUGUUCUUAAAGGCACCGACACCCUGGAGAGCUUCGGCAAAGCCGGCAAAUUCGGAGUCCGGAUUGUGGAUGCCAAGUUUGCUCUGCCGAAGACCGAAGAUGAUCCGGCAUCAGACUUUGUGUCCCUGGACACGCCGGAAUAUCCCAUGGAGCAUGACGAUAUCUCAAUCGCUUUUGACUCCGAGGCAGACCGGACCAAGUUCCACGCGGCUGUGCCGGGGUCUGUCCGUGAGCCAUCGAGGAUGAGCUCGCUCCGUCGGUAAAUUCGGGGCGCAACCCGAGUCCGUUUCCGUUUCCUGUCUCGUCAUGCCACCCAUCCAAUCACCUCAACCCCCCACCCCAUCACGUGCCGGUUCCCCGCUGUGGAGCUUCUCU